GCUGCUGUGGCCGGAGGCAUGGGGUUUAUAAGGGCAGGGGGAGCGGCGCAGAGAUCAUCAAAUCUUUCCGCAUUAGAGAGAAUUCGCAUGAACGCUUUCUAGUCGGUUGAUAGAUCCUCCUCCUUAUUAAGGUUCGGAAGAAGUCAAAACCGGUGACAAUGCCUUCGUUCGACGUGGAAUUCGUGCUCGAUGUGCCGGCUUCCCGCUUGUGGGCAGCUCUGAAGGACGGGAGCAAGAUCUUCCCCAAGAUCAACCCCCAGAUCUUUGGCAGCAUCUCUAUCGUCUCCGGCACCGAUGGCGAAGUCGGAGCCACUCGUUACAUCAAGUUCGGAUCAGCUGCUCCCGAGGGGGCGUACGUGGUGGAGAAGCUGGUGGCAAUCGACGUGGAGAACAAGGUGGUGGUGUCGAGCGAGGUGGAGGGAGGGCAUCUGGCCAUGGGGUUCAGCAAGUGGGACAGCACUCUGAAGCUGAGCCCCGAGGGCGACAAGACCCAAAUGCACUUCACCUUCGACUACGAGGGCGAGGGUCCGGUGAUCCAGGUGGCCACCGAGCAAGCGAAGCAGGGAACGCAGCCCACGUUCGAGGGCCUGGCCAAAUAUCUGCUCGAGACCGGCGAGUACGCCGACUGCUGAGCGUCGUCGACGAGCUUCGAUGAUGCUUCGUCGUCGGCCUCGCUUGGCUUGCGCCGCAUCGAGCACCCUGUGAUCGGGCAGCGCUUGCUUUGCUUACUUUGCUUGCUUAUUCUGACGAUGGAGAACGCUUCUCGGGCCUCUGGAUCUCUCCGACCCCAACGAGCAGAUCUGUCGAGGAUUGAUCGGAGCUCGAGCCAGUGUCUGAGUUUCCCACGCAUGAAUCUGUUUGUCACCUUGUGUAAGCUCAUCCUGCAAUCUUAAUGAAGCCAAAACGAGGAAGCGCUUGCGUGCUGCAAGCGGUUUGUUU